CUUAUCCAUUACUCUUGGAAAAAUACUGGAGAAAAAUGGCUCUCCUCUUCACAUCUUCCUUCUCAACUCUUUCUUCACCAUCGUCAUCCACUUCUGGAGUCUCUGCACACCCUUUUUUCAGGUUCUGCCACAAGUCAAUUUCAUUGCACCCGACAAAAGCCUAUGUCAGGACCAAAAUCCGACCACCUUUUAUCCUCAAUAACCGAGGCCCGUUACUCGUUAAAGCAUCUUCAGAUGUUAGUGGAACAAUCUCGACCAAUCUGGAGGGCCCACCACCCCUUCAAUCGGACGGCAAUGAAGAAAGCAUACCAGUUGAGAACCUUCCAUUGGAGUCCAAGCUUCAGGAGAUAAACGAGCAGAGGAUAAAAAUGAAACUGGCCAAGAAAAUCAGGCUGAGGCGAAAGAGGCUCGUCCAGAAACGCCAUCUGAGGAAGAAGGGUCGGUGGCCGCCUUCGAAAAUGAAGAAGAACAUGCACGUUUGAUUAUUUUGUGCUUAGAUUUCAUGCGGGUUUUUUUCGACUUGUUUUGGAUGCUGUUUAUUGCAGUUCGUUUCUUGUUGUAGUGUAAAAAUUACAAUUUACCUUCUUAAGGCACAACAAACAAACUCCCCAUUGAGAUUUGCUUUAUAAAACAGAGACAAAUUGCAGGAAUAUUUGUUCAUUUUCUUUUGUAAUUGGUAUUUUGACAGUAUCUAUAGGUCUCUUCUUUCUUCUUUACUUAGGUAAUCAAACCUCAUUUUUU